CCAAGUUGUCCAAGAGCGAGCCUGGUCAAGUCCUAUCCAUACAUAUAUACCUUCGAAAUGUCCAGAGCUCGUACUAUCGGAAAGCGCCUAACGAAUCUCCCUAUCAUCCCCAUUCCCAUCACUCGUUCUGGUAACAACAAGCCCAAGUCACUUCAGAAGACAAAACGAACUUUCCAACCCAACUUGACUCGUGUUGACUGGCCGGUCACCGUCUUGGGCGGACCAGUGCCAAUCGAUAGGACCAAGGAGCAGUCAUUGCCAAAACUCGAGGGCAUCUUAAUGCAAGUGAGAAAGAUAAGAGAUGUUGAAAAGGCCGGUGGUAUCGAGGGAUUAUUGCUUUCACGACGGUCAAAAGACCUCACACCAUAUGGUGCUUCCCUCCGAGCACAACUAUUUGAGUCUCUCCACGAAAUCAGACGCGAGAUGGAAGGCCAGGCAGAACUGUCGCGUUUGGGAGUCGAGGAAGAGAGGCUGCGUUUGGAAGACGGCAGCCCGUUGGCGAACACAGGAGCAUCACAAGAGAGUGUGUCAGAAGGAAGAUGAUUGAUAGAUGCAGUAUAUUAUCGCAUUUGCGGUGAUCUG